GCGCUGCACCUGCAGAGCGGUCCACGGUUGCUAGGCUGGCCCCGCGGACCUGUUCGGGCUCCCGAGUGCCACGCCCCCGGCAGGGAAGGCCCCUGGAGGGCAAGACCGGGCACCGGGGUACCCCUGCCCCUGGGGUUCCCCGGGAGCCAAGGGACCUGGAAUCAGUCGUGACCUAGUCGUGACCUGCCAUCCUUGUAGUAACAGUUAGUGACCGGAGGAAUUCACGCCUUAGCGGUCGGCCAGGAUUAUGUCAUUUCGAGGAGUCCAAAAUGAUAGUUCCCUUUUAUGUACUACUUUAUGGAUGGUGAGGUUUAAUCUACAUUCCUCAUCCUGUAUAGUCCUCAUACUGUCACGGAGGCGCAGGGAGAGUCGUGGAGGUUCCAGUAGACUCGGAACCAUCUUUUGUACCUUUCACCUUUGUGUUCUUUCCCAGCACAGUUUCAGAGUCAGGAACACAGGUUGUGGGUCACAUCACUUCAUCCAUGAUACAAUAAACCGGUUCUUCAUUCGUUCAUAAAACAUAUUCUUAUUAAUUCGUGGAGUCAGAGAUGCAAAACUGGCUCCGACCGGUGUGUGUGGGGGGGUGGAAAUGUAAAGGUGCUUUUUCUAAAGUUGGGGAGGUGGCCCUGGUCCUGUUGUCAUGUGACACCCUUUCCUUGUGUGUGCAUUGGAGAUAGUGAUGAGGCCAUCCUCUUUCCUCUAGUAAUCCUCUCUUCUGCCAGAGGAGCAGGUAGGACGUGCAGCUUGUCAACAGCCCAGCUUCAGUGAAGCAUUAGACAUCUGAUUUUAUUUAUUUGUUUGGUUUUUGAAACUAGGUCUUACUGUGUAGUCCUGGCAGGCCGGGGACUCAUGGGCAGUCCUGCCUCUGCCUUCCUAGUACCGCCAUGACUAGCUUAGACAUCUGAUUUUUUUUUUUUUCCUGUUCUUUCGCUAGGACCAGCUUUCUCCUCGGACUCUACCAUUCCCACCCAUCUGGUCCCACUCCACUCCACCCGCUUCUCCAUCCCUUCCUCUUCUCUGGUCACUCCCACCCCCACAUCCUCCCACCCACCCUCCUCCUCAGGCUCUCCCACCACCUCUCUCUCAGGUUCAGGCUCUCAACUCAUUGUGGGUGGCUCUUCCUCUGGGAAAGAGGGAGGAGGGACCAGGACCUGAGUUGCACAAUGGUUGUCUGGAUGGGCUUAGGAGCCUUUUUUUUGAGGGACCCCCUUGCCCCUAUCCUGGGGCUUUGAUACCUUUCCAAGCCCCUGGAGCUUCCCGUCCUUCUCCUGACACCCAGUCAAGAGAUCAGAGUAUGGAGGAGCACCUGGCUGUCAUGCAUGAGAAACUGAGACACGAGCUUCCUACUCUCUUUCUUCGCUCCCAUGACUACACUCUCUAUUCAAUGGAUGUGGAGUUCACCAAUGAGAUCCUGAACAUCCGUACCAAGGGCCGGACAUGGUACGUUAUGUCUCUGACCUUUUGCCGCUUCCUGGCUUGGAACUAUUUUGCACAGUUUCGGUUGGAGAUCCUACAGCUGACCCGCCACCCUGAGAACUGGACCCUGCAAGCCCGCUGGAGGCUAGUAGGUCUGCCCAUACAUAUGCUCUUCCUGCGCUUCUACAGGCGUGAUAAAGAAGAGCUCUACCGGACCUUCGAUGCCUAUUCCACCUUCUACCUGAAUUCUAGUGGCCUCAUUUGCCGUCACCACCUAGACAAGCUGACGCCUUCACACUCACCUUCGACACCUGUGAAGAAGCUGCUGGUGGGCGCUCUGGUGGCCCUGGGGCUCUCAGAACCAGAGCCCAACUUACACCUGUGUUCCAAGGCCUGAUCCCAGCUUGGGUGGAGGCAUCAUGAAGAGUUUGCUGCGCACAAGAGGAGGUGAAGGUGGACAAGAAUGUCCAGAGCCAGCUACCUCCCCUCCACUCUCCUGCCUUCUUCCCAUCUCAUGCUGUGUAAAGCUGCUGUGUAAUUUAAUUUGUAAAUAAUAAAGUUUAAGGAAACAACAA